CAAGAAAGGUCUUGGUCGUGUAUUGCAAAUUGAUUCGAAGCUGCCUUCAUCCAAAAUCUCCAGACCCGAUGCCAACACCCAACAAUGGCGCUUUGCCAACGUCCGAAGUGUUGAGUGUUGUUGCGUUGCCAUACCGCCGUGGUAUUUGCGUCGUGUUCGUGUGCUUCGUCAGUGCUGUCACCUCUUUUCUUCCUCUAUGCCCAGACUCGAAGUUCAUGUUGGUGGCCAUAGUGGACUUCACACUGAGAUGAAUCCUUCUGGAUCUCCCGGAUGUAUCGUUCGGCUUCGUUGGCGAUGUAGUUUUGGAUCAAAGAGCAGCUGCAGUGUGUUGAAGAAACUGCAUCUUAAGCUCGUAGAGCUUGUGCCUCAGGUCGGUCACCUGGCUCGACAAGUCGCGGUUGGCUAGUUUCAUGUCUUCCUCUUCGGACUUUAGUUUCAAUGCGUCUUCCUUCCUCUGGACUCGGAAGGAACUUUUUGGAUGCGAUUCAAUCUUGAAUCCGUUUGGUUUGCUCGUUGUCUUCUCCUGGGGGCAGUCCAGCAGAAGCUUCCUCGCUGUCGGUCCUGCUGUCGUCCUCGCUGUCCCUUUUGGUCUUGCCUUUCUUCUUUGAUGAUUCCGACAGCAGUAGUUACGCCGACGGGGCUACUGCUGUAUGGAAUUUCUGCCCAUCACAAGCUCCACUGGAUCAUCCCGAACGUAGGAGCCGCCAUCUUUGCCGCCGGGCUCGUUCUUUCAUUUCAAUGCGCGCAGACAUACAUCGUUGACGCCUACAUCCCGCUCUUUGCUCCGGCGCUAUACGACAGAUUUGGAAUGGCUUAGGGGAAUGGAGUGCUGGCGGGUACUGCUAUCGCGCUGUGUUUGACAGCGCCAGUCGUGAUGUGGCGAUGGGGAGCUUUGAGGGGGAAGAGCCGGCUCUGUAGCAGUUGUAGUUUAGAAAUCGU